AUGGGAAAGGAUGGUUUGAGCGACGACCAGGUCUCGUCGAUGAAGGAGGCAUUCAUGCUCUUCGACACCGACGGCGACGGCAAAAUCGCUCCCUCCGAGCUCGGGAUCCUGAUGCGAUCCCUCGGCGGGAACCCGACCCAAGCCCAGCUGAAAUCAAUCACCGCCUCCGAAAGCCUAACCGCUCCGUUCGAUUUCAACCGUUUCCUGGAUCUCAUGGCGAAGCACCUGAAGACGGAGCCCUUCGAUCGCCAGCUCCGCGACGCCUUCAAGGUGCUCGACAAGGAAGGCGCGGGGUUCGUGGCCGUGGCGGAUCUGAGGCAUAUCCUCACCAGCAUCGGCGAGAAGCUGGAGCCGAACGAGUUCGAUGAGUGGAUCAAGGAGGUGGAUGUUGGAUCCGACGGGAAGAUCCGGUAUGAGGAUUUCAUCGCCAGGAUGGUCGCCAAGUGAGAGAUCUACUUUUGUUUUCAAAGUUUGAAUUUUUAUUUCUUUAUGCUCUUGUGAUUUUCGUUGGUUUGGAUCAAUUAAUCUGAUCGAUUCCAAUAUGUUUACUGUUCGGUCUUUUUUUAUUUUGUUUUUACUAACGUGUGGUUGUGAUUCGUACUUUUAUUCCAAGGAUGUUAAGUUUCACUCUUAUGCCUUUAUAAAUUUAUAAGUCGUUGGUUUGGAUCA